UUUAUCUCAUUAAUAUUCAGUGCCCUCCAAAUUCGUGACGCCGGUGACGAUCGUGCUAGAGACAAUUUCUUCUUGAAAAAAACACCGACUUUCGACGUUUUAACCAAAAUUAAGGCUGUAUUUAUACAUAUUAAGUAUUUGUACAUAUCUUGUAGAAUCAAUAUGUUAAGAAUUUUGGCGAGCAGCGUGCAAAGGGAAGGCGCAAGAGGCCUGACUUUGUCGGGACUUUCCAGAGCCAGUUCCGUGACUACCCGGAGAAAUGUUAGCAGUGCAGCAGCCGAUGAAGAAGAUCCCAACUUCUUUGAGAUGGUGGAGGAGUACUUUGACCGGGGAGCGGCCCUAGUGGAAGACACGCUGGUGGAGAAUAUGAAGGGAAACCUGUCCAAAGAUCAAAAACGACUCAAGGUCCAAGGCAUCCUUAAGUUGAUGAAACCCUGCAACAACGUGCUGAGCCUAAACUUCCCCCUGCGGCGUGACGACGGCUCUUUUGACAUGAUCGAAGCGUACAGAGCUCAGCACAGCCAGCACCGAACACCUUGCAAAGGCGGUAUUCGUUACAGUCCGGACGUAAACGCGGAUGAGGUCAAAGCCCUGGCCUCCCUCAUGACCUACAAGUGCGCGGUGGUGGACGUCCCCUUCGGCGGGGCCAAGGGAGGCAUCAAGAUUGACCCCCGGCAGUACUCGGAGCGGGAACUGGAGAAGAUCACGCGCCGGUUCUGCGUGGAGCUGGCCAAGAAGGGAUUCAUUGGACCUGGUGUUGAUGUUCCCGCCCCCGACAUGGGCACCGGUGAACGCGAGAUGAGCUGGAUAGCGGACACGUACGCCAUGACCGUGGGUUACCAGGACAUCAACGCCCACGCGUGCGUCACGGGGAAACCCAUCACGCAGGGCGGCAUCCACGGCCGCAUCUCGGCCACGGGCCGCGGCAUCUACCACGGAAUCGAGAACUUCGUCAACGAGGCCUCGUACAUGAGCACUGUGGGUCUGACGCCCGGCUUCGGCGAUAAGACAUUCAUAAUCCAGGGUUUUGGUAACGUGGGUCUGCAUACGAUGCGUUACCUCCACCGUUUUGGGGCUCGCUGCAUCGGAGUGAUGGAGAUUGACGGAAGCAUCUACAAUCACAACGGAAUCGACCCUAAAGACCUGGAAGACUACAAGCUGCAAAAUGGAACCAUUGUUGGCUUCCCAGACGCUGAGCCCUUCGAUGGCGACCUGAUGGUGGAACAGUGCGACAUUUUGGUGCCUUGUGCCGGGGAGAAACAGAUCACGCCCAAGAACGCCCCACACAUCAAAGCAAGGAUUAUUGCUGAAGGUGCUAACGGUCCUACUACCCCAGGUGCCGAUAAAAUUCUACAGGAAAGAAACAUCAUGGUCAUUCCCGAUAUGUACAUCAACGCCGGUGGUGUGACCGUCUCGUACUUUGAGUGGCUUAAAAACCUGAACCAUGUCAGCUACGGCCGGCUCACCUUCAAGUACGAGAGAGACUCCAACCAGUUCCUGCUAGAGAGCGUACAGGAGAGUCUUGAGAGGAAAUUUGGCAAGCACGGCGGCCGCAUCCCCAUCGUACCCUCUGAGAAAUUCACAGACCGCAUCUCUGGCGCCAGCGAAAAGGACAUCGUGCACAGCGGCCUGGCCUACACCAUGGAACGGUCCGCAAGGCAAAUCAUGCGCACGGCAAUGAAGUACAACUUGGGCUUGGAUCUACGCACGGCUGCCUACCUCAACUCGAUCGAGAAGAUCUUCCAGACUUAUCACGACGCCGGGCUCACCUUCACAUAAACUGCCAAAGCCAGAGACCCCCUUAAACCAAAAAUUGAACGGAGUGGAGUUCCGAGAUGACCGCCAACGUUUUUAAAGCACUGAAGAUACACUACGCUUGCAUCCAGGUUUUGUUUCUCAUUGUUAAAGGCAUAAAGGAUCAUUUGUAUUUAUCUCAAAAGUAAACCACCAGAGAAUUAUGAAAAUGCUUACUUGGAUUAAAGAUCGUACUGGUACUAAACACCCUGUGAAAUUAUUCCAUCUGGCUUGCUGGCAUUUAGAAGAAAUCAAGAAAUGAAGGUGAUUUCCAAUGGUCAGUCAAUUGACCGAUUUCUGGAAAUAAAGAGUACAAUCAACGAAAGUGCGUUUCUUGAACGAAAGGUUGUGUCUGGUUUGUUCACUGUUCUCUCAAAAAGUGUAGUAUCCACUGAGCUGAAACUUCAACAGGCUAGGUUUUCAACAUUCAUCUGUGGAUCAUGAGUGGCGUUAUUAUUGGAAACGAACAAAAUGCAUGCAAAGCAAAUGAUCCUAUAUGCCUUUAAGCUUUGCAUCCAAGUUGCAUGUAUGUCAGCUAGACAAUGCAACACGGCAACCUAGGUUAUUCAGAGUUCGCUCAAGCUUAAUUGCACCCCAGUAUUUUUAAAGUUCACUGUUUAAUGAACCACAAAUAGAAAGCUCUAUGUAUAUGUUACAUUAGCCUUUGACAGUUGAGAGGUUUUAGUAUUUGUUUUUAACAAAAUUAUUCUGAAAUAGAAACGAAUGAUUAAAAUUAAACAGUACCAAAUUUUGGGUGGUGGCCAUGUAAGUGCCCAACUCUUUUUUUUUUAAUUCUUUUUUUCCCCUAAUUUUUACAGUGCAGCUUUUUUGUUCAAUCUGUAUCAUUCUCAAGCAGGAAAUGAACAAUAGAGGUGCUAUUGCUGUGCACAGUGGACUAGUAGAUAAAAGUGCUUAUUCAUCAAGAUUGCCACAUCAUCAACAACAAAAACAUGUUGUCGUUUGGUUUGUGAAGCUUCCAAAUUGCAAAACACCAAAUAACCAGCAUAGAAAUACUUUCAAGUACUUGCUUUGGCUAAAUUAUUUAAUUUUCACAACGAGGUAGUUCUUAAAUGUAAAUCUUGAAUUGGGGUCAAUUCUAUGCAUAAAAGUUGAUUGAUUAAUUUGAUUAAUGAUUAAAUAUUUUGUGUGCGAAUAAAGGUGUGUAUAUAUACAUUGAUUUUGUUUGGUGGGUGUGGUCUGGGGAGUGCUUUAUGCUCCAUUGAUAUUGGUUGCUUUAUCUCGUUGCAUAUUCAUGAGCGAGCCCUCUUUGCCUAUUGGUGAACUCCUCAGGGCAUGCCUCCUGAUUGGACAGCUUUUACCAGCUUUUAAAUGCUUUGGCUUAAAUCACUGCCCUGGAUACAAGGUUGAUGGCAAUCCCAACCCAUGUAGGAAUAUCCACCCAUUUGAAAUUCCUGUUAAAAUUUCCUCUACCAAGGUAAAACCACAACAUUUUUUUAAAAGGGGUAUUUCCUUUCCAUUCUGACUUUAUGUUACUAAUGAAAAAUUAAUCAUUUAUUUUUAGCUUUUCCUGUAAACAUGUAUAAAUACUUAGUGGAGUUGCCGUGUGCAUCAUUCAAAACUCAAAAGCUGAGAGAUUUGUUUUGAUUUAGGGGUACGUGUGCAAACGUGUGUAAAACUUAAAAAUUUACUUUAUGUUAAACUUUCCAGUAAUAGAUUUUUUUCUGUUAUCGUUAUCUACUUUACUUCAUCGUUACUAUAUCCAGAAUAGUGGGGGAAAAUACCUUUCAUGAAAUUUCCAAACAUCUUAUGAGCGUUUCCCGUGCUAGAAUUUGCAAUUCGAUUUGUUCCGGAGCUUUUAUUUGUACUUACUUUCCAUUUCCGAGCCUUGAAGUACAUCAUUUUUCAAAACUACUCCUCCAGUAAUUAAUGAUAUGGGGGAUGGGGCUAGUUUCAAGGAAGCAAAAAUUGCCAACGUACGUUCGCGAUCUGUUUUGUGUGUGAGUUUGUUUCUGCAUUCAAUAGGGGACGUUGAGCAAGAGAGGACAGUAGGGUCCCCAAUUUCUAGAAGGUCCCCAAUUUACGAUUAUGUACAAAUGUAUGCGAGGUCUUCCUAAAAAGAUUGAAGACAAAAGAGGGACCAUAGGGGUCCCCGAUUGCAGACAAAUACACACUUAGGAGGGUCGGUUUUCCAUUCAGACUAAAGACUUAUGUGUCAGAUUUCAAGGACCCGAGGACCUGCAUGGCCAAUAUAGUCCUCGGUAGAAUUUCGUAUACAAACCUCAUGGGAGCUGUGGAGAGAAAAAAAAAUGUUUAGUACAUGUACAAGCAAAAGGGAGCAAAAGAAGGAAAGGGGCAGGUCAUCGCGAGUAUACUGCAGUAAAAACGAGCUGUGUGUGUCGAUGCUUAACCCGUGGAAAUUGACUGUUCCACAUUAGCCCCGCCCACUGCACAUCCUGCGCACGCAUGUCGAACAUUAGUCGGGCUGUGAUAGGUUAAAGCACCUUUGGGUGGGGCUUAAUGUAUCAAUAUUUAGUUGGCAACGUUUGCAGUUUUCGCAUAGAUGUUGGCCUAGAAUGUUUCCCGGCCCAAUAUUUGAAGUCCAAAUCACAAUUUGGACACAGAACCAGACUAGUUUUGGGCUGGCUGGUAUUUUGUAUACGUAAGGGGAAUGUUGUGUCGUGCUCGUGUCACUUUACCAACAUUUUGUUUUUCCAAGAUUUUUUCAAGUCGCACACUGCGUAGUGUAAUUCUGCUAAACAUAAUUACAUUUGGCAAACUCCAUGCUCCAAUCAUCAUACAAAUUAAGGCCUUUUACAAAUAUUUUGUUGCCUUGGUUUUCAACAAUGUUAUGUACAGAUUGGAAAUUGUUAUAAAGGAAAAAUUGUGACAAAUA